AUGAACUGGACGAACUCUAGCCUGAGUGCCGAACAGAAUGAACUGCUACGAAAACUCCUGCUCAAGUUCGAUCUCUUCGUGACAACUUCCAAGGCUCCCGGACGAACGGACCUCGUCAAACGCCACAUCAACACGGCUGGAGCCAGCCCGAUCAAGCAGCCGUUCCGAGUGACCCAGAAGGAAGGCGAGAUCAUGGAAGCGGAGAUAAAAAAUACCUGGAACUGGGACUAA